AUGUCAGUUUUUAAUAAAUUAUUAAAUUUAAAUAAUAUAAAUAAAAAUAAAGGAAAAUUCAUAAAGAUUUAUAGAAGUUUUUCAACAACAUCAUCAUCAUCAUCAUCAUGGAAAAAUCCUCAAGAACAACAAGAAAUACAACCACCAAUAAAUAAAAUUAAUAGUAUCUAUAGAGAUGAAGUUAUAAUAACGGAAGAUAAAAAUAAAUUUCAUUUAGAAAAGAAAAAAUAUGGAGAAAGUGAACAAUUAAAUAUUUCAAAAAAAACAAGAGAUGAAUAUAUUAGACCAGAAUUAAUUGAAAGAGCUAAAUUAUUACCAAAUACAAGUUCACCAUUAUCAGAUCCAUCAAAAAGAGUUCAAUACAAUAUGUUAUUAGAACCACAUGUUCAACCAAUCCUUGGAAAAGGUAAACAACAUUUAUAUAAUUUCUCAACAGAAUCGGUUGAUCCUUAUAUUUUCUUUAGACAAAAUAAUUUCACUAUUCCAUUAGCAAUUAAAUUUAUUCAACGUAUGGGUUUAUCAAAUCAUCCAAAUAGAAUUUUAGAAAUUAUGAAAUUAUUUGAAGAAAAAUCAGUUGAAUUAAAUCUAAGACUUUAUUCUUGUAUUUUAAGUGGUUUAGCAAAUUGUAAAGAUAUUGAUAAUUGUUUAAUGGUAUUUGAAAAAAUGUUAGCAAAUGGAAUUAAACCAAAUAAUCAUAUUUUCAAUUCAUUAUUUAUAGUACACAUGGCUAAUGGUAAAGUGGAUGAAUCAUUUCAAAUUUUAAAUUCAAUGGAGACCACCUAUGGUUUAUUACCAGAUCAUAUAAAUUAUACAUCAUUGAUAAAUGGUCUUGUAAAAAAUAAAAAACCUAAAUUGGCAAUCCAAUUAUUUUCAGAGGCAAGAAUUAAAGGUAUGCAACCUGAUUCAGUUACCUUAUCAGUGAUGGUUGAUGCAUGCGCAAAGAAUGAUCUUGUGGAAAAGGCAUUCCAAUAUUACGAAGAAUUCAAGUACUUAAAUUUGACACCAACCGAAGUCACCUUCAAUUCAUUGAUAUAUGCAUGUGCAAAACGUUCUGAUGAUCAUUACUAUUUGAAGUCAUUUGAACUAUUACAAGAUAUGGCUUUACAUAAAUUCAAACCUGAUAUCAUCACUUACACAUCACUAAUGAAGGGAGCAGCAAAGAGAGGCGAGGUUCAAGUUUUUGAAAAAAUCUAUAGAGAAUUGUUAUACAAUCGUGAUGAUUUCAAACAAAAACCAGAUCAAAGAGUAUUCACAUGUGCUUUGUUUGGCUAUGCAAAUAAUCAAAUCAUCUCAAAGAAAACCUAUUUAAACAAGACUGGACUAUCAAUAAACAUUGAAAAAUCUGAAAAGGUUUUACAAGAAAUGAAAGAAAGAGGUAUCCCUCUCACAAAAUAUCCAAUGGAUGAAUACUUGAAAGUUCUUACACAUUCAGGUCGUUUAAAUAGAGCUAGAGAAACUUUCGAUAUAGAAUAUCCAAAACAUAAUAUUAAACCAGAUAUAAUCACUUAUGGUAUCAUCAUCAAAAUGUAUGUUGAUCAUAGAAGAUUAGAAAAAGCUUUAGAAAUUUUACACCAAAUGAAAAAUAAUGGUAUUGAAGGUGAUUAUUAUAUUUAUUUAACUUUAAUGUUUGGAACAGCAAAAGUUGGUUAUGCUAAAACUUGUUUAAAAAUUGCAAAUGAAAUGAAUAGAUUAGGAUUUCCACCAAAAAUUGAAGAUUUGAAAGGAAUUUUAUUAAGAUUUAAUGAAUAUCCAGACAUUGUAAAUGAAAUUAAAAGAAUCAGUGUUUUUGGAGAAGAUGAUGAUUACCAUCAAAAUCAUUUUGUUAGCAAUGAAUAA